AUGGCAGCUCAGAAGGAGGUACCUUGUAACCAGUGCACAGGGACAGCCACAGCGCUGCAGAGACUGGAAGGUUUUGCUAAUCGCCUUUUCCAUAGGCAUUCAAAGAGUGGUGCGCAUGAACAGAGGGCGGCUCUGGAAAAUGAGAGCCAACAUUGCUCUGAACUUGCUGUCCUAUGGGACAAAUCAAUGAAAGAGUUCCUAGCCAAAGCCAAAGAAGACUUUUUAAGAAAAUGGGAAAGCCCCCCUCAGAAUACUGCUGGCCUAGAUGAUUUUGAGAGGCAAAAAACCCUUGGAACAGGAUCAUUCGGGAGAGUUAUGAUGGUGAAACAUAAAUCCACAGAACAGUAUUAUGCUAUGAAGAUACUGGACAAACAGAAGGUCGUCAAACUGAAGCAAAUAGAACACACACUGAAUGAGAAGAGAAUAUUACAAGCGGUGAACUUUCCUUUCCUUGUAAAACUGGAGUAUUCUUUUAAGGACAAUUCUAAUUUAUACAUGGUAAUGGAGUAUGUUCCUGGUGGUGAAAUGUUUUCACAUCUAAGAAGAAUCGGAAGGUUCAGUGAACCACAUGCACGGUUUUAUGCAGCUCAGAUAGUGCUAACAUUUGAGUACCUCCAUUCAUUAGACCUCAUCUACAGAGAUCUAAAGCCUGAAAAUCUUUUAAUUGAUCAGCAAGGAUACAUCCAGGUCACGGACUUUGGCUUUGCAAAAAGAGUAAAAGGAAGAACUUGGACGUUAUGUGGGACUCCAGAAUACCUGGCACCUGAAAUAAUUCUCAGCAAGGGUUACAACAAGGCAGUGGAUUGGUGGGCAUUAGGAGUGUUAAUCUAUGAAAUGGCAGCUGGAUAUCCUCCGUUCUUUGCAGAUCAGCCCAUUCAAAUUUAUGAGAAGAUUGUGUCUGGCAAGGUAAGGUUCCCGUCACACUUCAGUUCAGACCUAAAGGAUCUUCUAAGAAAUUUACUCCAGGUAGAUUUGACCAAACGAUAUGGAAAUCUCAAGAAUGGUGUAAAUGACAUAAAGAAUCACAAGUGGUUUGCAACUACAGAUUGGAUUGCCAUUUAUCAGAGAAAGGUAGAAGCUCCGUUCAUACCAAAGUGCAGAGGCCCUGGAGAUACCAGCAACUUUGAUGACUAUGAAGAAGAAGAUAUUCGUGCGUCUCUAACAGAAAAAUGUGCAAAAGAAUUUGCUGAUUUUUAGUAGGAGUAAGAGGACAAGAUGACAUCAGGGCUCACAUUGGGAUCUUUGCACUCUGUUAACAGAUGAGGUGGAGCUGAGACCAUCAUAUGUCAAAACAGUUACCUAGUUACUUCAUUCCACAAAGCUGACUGAGGUCUUUAUUGCCAUCUUCCAUGUGUGCAGUUUGCACCAACCCUUCUAACUAGGCACAAUUAAGUAAGCACUGUUUGUGCAGUAACACAGAAUAAUAGACCACUUUCCUACUUAACUUUGGUUUCUGUCGUUCUUUGUUUCUGUGUAUUGUUCAUUUUCCCCCUUUAAAAUGAAGUAGUUUUUUACCCAAGAAUGCUCCAUUUUAUUUUGAAUAAUGUAUUAUUUGUGUGAGUGAAAUGGAAGGUGUUGCGGCUAGUGUGAUUUAGACUGAAGUGAAAGAUAAAUGUUGCUUCUAGUCUGUGCCAGCCAAUAAUUCUUGUCUGUCUUGUGUCUGAUGCUACAAUUUAUAAUAAUUUUUUAGUAGCUCAGACUAAACCUAGCCAACAUUUUUAGCAUUUUUGAAGGUAGUAUUUAUCGCCAUAUAAAUGUCUGCUAAAUUAACUUAAAAACAUUUCUUCCUGGAGACUGACCAAAAUUCAGUAGAAUCAAUUGGAUGGCUUAAGUAGGGGACAGUAGCUAGACCCCGUGCCUUGGUUUUCUACAUCCCUGCAGUUUUCGUCACUGCCUCCUUCCUUUGUAUUUCCCACCUAGGCAGUAGGUAAAUUGCCAUAACCAGACUGUACCAUGGAAAGCUUACAGUCUCGUGAGAGGGAGUAAUUCCACCUGGUCUGGAUUUUGGACCAUAUUUAACCAAGUCAACUUACCAGCAUUUCAGUUGGCAGGUAUGAAAUAGCUUUUUUAAGAACAUGAACCCUGAACUCUUAAAGUAAGUUUUGGUCAGUAUUGUAGAGGAUAUGAUUCAU